AUGUCACCUGAUUCUGAUAAUAAUACUUCCAUUUUAUAUCUACAAGGCUUUAAUUUUCGUUUUGAAAUUGUUCUGGCACUGUUUUUUUUCUUUUUAACUGUUUACUUAUGUAUAGUAUUUGGGAACACCGCUAUAAUGCAUGUGAUUAUUGUCAAUCGGACUCUUCACGAGCCAAUGUAUAUUUUGCUUUGCAAUAUGUCCGUUUGCGAUUUAAUUGGAAGCACUGCCUUAUUACCUAGACUGAUGGCGGAUUUAUUCGUGGAAGUGAAGACAAUCUAUGUUGAAUCCUGUGCUGUGCAGGCGUUUUGUUUUCAUUUCUAUGGCACAGCUUCCCAGCUAAUACUGACUGUGAUGGCCUAUGACAGGUACAUCGCAAUCUGUGACCCACUGCGGUACACGUCGAUACUAACAGGUACCACUCUUUUGAAACUGUGCUGCUUAGCUUGGGGAAUUGCGUUUAUUGUUAUUGCAAUUCUGACCGGACUAGCCGCGAGGCUUCCAAGAUGUGGGACAAAAAUAUUAUUGGCGUUUUGCAGUAUUUCUUCAAUAUUUUCAUUGUCUUGUGUAGACACAUCUUUGAAUAACAUUUCCGGGUUGGUGAUAACAUACUCUCUGAGCAUUCUGUCGCUCGUUACAAUCGUUUGGACCUACAGUAAAAUUCUCUAUGCAUGUUUGAUUAAAAGUGACAACCGCAGUAAACGGAAAGCCAUUCAUACCUGCGCUACGCAUUUAACUGUAUUUCUUUUUUACGAGGUUAUCUUAUUAUUUACGAUUAUUGCACAGCGAUAUCCUUCUUCAAAUACAGAUGUGCGGAGCACUAUAGGACUGCUAAUUAUGGUAAUACCACCAAUAGUAAAUCCGAUAAUUUAUGGAAUUAAUACUAAAGAAAUUCGUAAAAACAUUUUCCGCAGUGCUUCAAGUAAAAUGUCAAACUAA